AUGGAAGUUUGCUCUGAUCUUGAAGUGGACAUCAACGGAGAAGAAACUGUCUUUCUCAAUAAGCGAAUCAUUUGCAAGUACUCUGAAACACUGAGGAAGCUUUUGGGGAAAUCUGCUUGUUCCAAUGGAAAUCUCAAGGUGAUCUUCAAUGAUUUCCCCGGAGGAGCAGAAAGUUUCGAGCUUGUAUCAAGAUUCUGCUACAGUAACGGUCAAUUAUCUGUGAUGCCUUCGAAUGUAGUCUUCUUGCAUUGUGCUGCUAAGUUCAUGGAAGUUUCCAAAGUCUUGGAGCAAACAGAGAAGUGUAUGGAAGAAAUUCGGUAUUGGUCUUGGCCAGAGCUUCUUCUUGGUCUAAAACAGUGUCAAGAGCUUGAAACAUCGUCUGAGGCUGAUUCUUUAGCAGCCAAACUGAUGGAUGCGCUUGUGGAGAAACUGUUUUUCACCGUUGAAGUGAGUCCCUCUAGUGCUGCUUCUGCUUGUUCACCAGAUAGCAGCUUGUUUCGGUUCUCUUGCGACAGCAAAAGCACAGAGAGUUUCAAGAACAGCUGUGCUCGGUUAACUUGGUGGUUCGAUGAGGUUCUUGUUUUAAGUCUUGGCUUUGUUGAGACGUUCUUGAAGCUGAUGGUAUCGCGGAGAUUUGAUAAUCUUGUGAUCAGUAGGUUCUUGUUCUAUUACCAGAAGGUCAAGUUUUGCUCUGCGUCGUCUGCUGAGAAAAGAAGGAUUCUUGAAACCGUCAUUGAUACUCUUUGCGUGUUGGAUCGAAGCUGUGUGCCUUGCAAGAGCCUUUUCGGGGUUUUGAGGCUCGCUCUUGGAUUGAACAUAAACAAAAGCAGUAUGAACAAGCUGGAGGUUAUGAUUGGUCAGCAGUUGGAUCAAGCAACGCUUGACAAUCUUCUUGUUCCGUCUCCAUUGAAAUCAAGUCACUUGUACUAUGUGAAUAUUGUUCUUAGAUUCACAAAAGCCUUCUUGGAAGGAGGAGCAAGAGGAGGAUCGCAAUUGAAGAAAGUCUCAAGCUUGAUUGAUCAGUACAUAGCUGAAGUAGCACCUGAUCCUUGCUUGAAACCUUCAAAGUUUCUGUCUCUUCUCACACUUGUUCCUGAUUCAGCAAGAGAGUCUCAUGAAGAAAUCUACCGUGCUAUUGAUAUGUAUCUCGAGGCUCACACAGGAUUAACCAAUGGUGAGAAACUCAACUUGAUAAGAACAUUAAGUUACGAGAAGCUUUCAGUGGAAUCAAGAGCACACAUGUCUCAAAACCCAAAGUUCCAGGCGAUUGAGACACUGAUUCCACAGGAAGCAAAGAUGAUGAGAAGAUUUGCAGAUCAGUCACCAGAUGAACAGAGGAAGCAGCUCAUACUCCGAGUAGAGAAGGUGGAGAUUUCAGGAGAAAGUGAGAAUUUAAAAGAACACAUUGAAGGGAUACAAUGGAGGGUAAUGGAAUUGGAGAGAGCGUGUUUGAAAAUGCAGACUCAGAUGGAAGUUAUCAAGAAGAGAUCCAAGAACUCAAGCAAAGGAAGCAACAGAUCACUUCCUAAGCUCUGUUCUUGA